CAGCAGGUACCGGAAACUGGGAGCCCGUGUCGUAAAGCGGCUUCGUGUGUCGCAAAAGGCGUCGUUUUCUGGCAGAUGUCCGCCGCCCUGCUAGCAGCUGGUUUGUUAUUUUCAUCUCUGUCAUGGCCUCAGCUCCAGCACAACAGCCGACCCUGACAGUUGAGCAGACCAGAGUGGUGCUGAGCGAGGUGAUCCAGGCCUUCUCGGUGCCAGACAACGUUGCGCGGAUGGAGGAGGCUCGGGAGAGCGCCUGCAACGACAUGGGCAAGAUGCUGCAGCUGGUUCUCCCCGUGGCCACUCAGAUCCAACAGGAGGUUCUCAAAGCCUACGGCUUCAACAACGAAGGAGAAGGCGUCCUCAAAUUUGCCCGACUGGUGAAGAUGUACGAAACCCAGGACCCGGAAAUAGCAGCCAUGUCGGCUAAACUGAAGUCUCUGCUGCUGCCACCUCUGUCGACACCACCUAUAGGAGGCGCCAUCCCAGCUUCAUAGGAACUCUUUACAUUCAAUUGGUAAACUGCUUUUUUUUUCUGUGGCUUUCAUUUAAUGCUUUGGGUCUUUGUGACCAUGCCGCAAUUUCAAAAUCACGUCUAGAGAAUUAGUGUGUUCCAGCAUAAAAAUAAACCCAUGAAUUACAUGUACAUUAUGAUUUCA